AUGGCGUCCAGGAUUCUCGCUCGCCAGUGCGCAUUGCACAUACGAGCACCUCUCCGUCAAUCCCUGCGUCUAUUGCCGAGAUGCAAUUUCCACCGAAGCUAUGCUACAUCGGUCCCCGCCGCGGACCUGAAGUUCGGCCAGCCGUUGCAUGAAACACACCCUCACAUCUUGAGUCCAGGCGAACUGACGCCCGGAAUCACCGCCCUUGAGUAUGCUCAGCGCCGCUCAAAACUCGCCAACAAGCUACCACAAGGCGCGAUUGCGGUGUUAGCCGCCUCGGAGGUCAAGUAUCGCGCUUCGGGGAUCUUCAAUGAGUACCGACAGGACUCCAACUUCUUCUAUUUGACUGGAUACAACGAACCAAACGCACUGGCAAUUAUCGCGAAUGACGGCUCGGGGGACAACCACGUAUUCCAUCUCUAUGUCCGGGAGAAAGAUGCCAAGGCAGAGCUCUGGGAUGGAGCACGCUCCGGUACUCAAGCUGCCAAGGAUGUUUUCAACGCCGAUGAGUCGGGGAACAUCGAACGCAUCGGAGAUCUCUUACCCAGCAUCGUCCAGGGGGCCACAGAGGUCUACUCAGACAUUCCUACAUUUGAUGGUUCGAGGUCAUCGUUGAAUCGCUACUUGUACGGCCCGACAGUCGCAUCGGAGAAGCUCAGAAAGGUCGUCGACAACCGCAGAGUCAAGCCUUUGAAGCAUCUGCUCAACGAGAUGAGGGUCACCAAGAGCGAAAACGAGGUUGUGCAGAUGCGCCGUCUGGGCCAAGCUUCUGGUCGAGCUUUCACAGAAGCUAUGCGCCAGGACUUCACUCGCGAAAAGGAUCUAUACUCGUUCUUGGAAUAUCAGUUCAAGGUCAAUGGAUGUGAUACCAAUGCUUUCGUUCCCGUGGUCGCGGGCGGCCAGAACGCCUUGGCCAUCCAUUACACACGAAACGACGACGUGCUUAAGGAUGGUGAUCUCGUGCUUGUUGAUGGCGGUGGUGAGUGGGGAACUUAUAUCUCCGACAUCACUAGAACUUGGCCGGUAAAUGGCAAGUUCACCGAUCCCCAACGUGAUUUGUACAAUGCCGUGCUCAACGUGCAUCGACGAUGCCUUUCACUGUGCCGCGAGACUUCUAACCUCUCCCUGGACAAACUCCAUGGUAUUGCCGAACACGGGUUGAAAGAUGAGCUCAAAUCCCUGGGCUUCGAUGUUUCUGGCGAUGCCCUGAACAUUCUCUUCCCUCACCAUCUGGGCCACUACGUUGGUCUCGAUGUGCACGACUGCCCCGGAUAUUCUCGAGGCUACGACCUGAAGGCAGGUCAAUGUAUCACCAUCGAACCGGGUAUCUACGUUCCCAACGACGAGCGUUGGCCGGCCCACUUCCGGGGUAUCGGCAUCCGGAUUGAAGACAGUGUUUGCGUCGGCGACGAACACCCGAUUGUUCUGACUCCCGAGGCCGUCAAAGAAGUAAGUCUCCCCAUGUUCCCCACGUUUCCAACAUUUGCAGUUCUGGACGCUAAACUGUGCCAGGUUGAGGACAUCGAGGCACUGCGUAGUUAG